AUGCCCCUUGGUCAGAUCGAGUUGCCAGUCACGUUUGGUACGCCUGACAACUUCCGCACAGAGAAGCUUACCUUCGACGUCAUGGAUUUUGAGAUGACAUACAAUGUGAUCCUAGGCCGCCCAAUGUUGGGUAAGUUCAUGGUUGUCGUGCACUAUACGUACCAAACACUCAAGAUCCCGGGCCCUGAAGGGGUCGUAACUGUCAAAGGAGAUCAACGAGCGACAGUCAAGUGCGACAAGCAGAGCCUGGAUAUGUCUGACGAUGCUGUAGAGGAAGAGACCAACGACGGCGCCAAGGACAACAGAACUGAUGGUGGUGUCAAGGCAGUGCCCCUUGACCCAUCUGAACCAGCCAAGAUGGUCAAGGUUGGGGCUGGUCUCGACCCCAAAUAG